ACUCUAAAUUCCACCUCAUUUUUUGAUAUUUUUAUUUUUCAAGUGGCCUAUAAAUAUAGAUACGUUAUAGCCCGUUACUACAAUACUUUGCCAUUACUUUUCUUUUUCUAGGGUUUUAUAUAAUAUAUCUCUAGAUAUAGAAAAACUAUUAAUUUCGUAAAAGUUUUCUUCUAGGCCUGGGCAAAAAAUGAAGGGUGAAGCAAUGAAGUUUCAUCUUUUGAUUUUCAUGGUAUUCUUAGUUACUCUUGCUUCCGCAGCUUCAUUCCCUUCAGUCAUCAUUGUUGGAGCUGGAAUGUCCGGGAUUUCAGCAGCUAAGAACCUGCAUGAUGAAGGCAUCAAGGACUUUAUCAUUUUGGAAGCAACAGAUAGGAUUGGUGGUAGGAUUCACAAGACUGAAUUUGGAGGGCAUGUUGUUGAGAAGGGAGCAAAUUGGCUUCACGGAGCAGAAGGUCCUCUUAAGAAUCCCAUGUAUGAAAUCGCCAAGCAAAUCAAGCUUAAGUCCUUUUACUCGGACUUCAGCAAUGUCUCAUAUAACACCUACAAGCAAGAGGGUGGACUGUAUUCGAAAGAAGAGGUGGAUGCGGCAUUAGACAUGGCGGAGAGUAAUGAAGAUUAUGCAGAAAAGAUAUCAGAAAGGUUUAAUGCUGAAAAAGGGAAAGAUGACGAUAUGUCCCUUUUGGCAGGUGAACGUCUUAAUAAAAGGGAGCCAAAAACACCCCUAGAAAAGAUGAUUGACUUCUACUCUUUCGACGGCGAGCAAGCAGAGGCACCAAGGGUAACAAGUCUUAAGCAUAUAAUUCCAAGGCCAGAAUUUAGUCUUUUUGGUGAGGGUGAGUAUUUCGUAGCUGACUCCAGAGGAUUCGAGAGCAUUGUUCAUGAAAUUGCCAAAACUUACCUCACCUACACCAAUGAUACUGUCAAUGACCCUAGGGUCAUCUUUAAACAGGUUGUGAAAGAGGUUGAUUACUCAAAGAGUGGAAUAGUGACAAUAAAAACAGAAGACGGCAAAGUAUACACAGGCCAAGCUGUCAUUCUAUCUCCGAGUAUUGGUGUUCUCCAAAGUGAUCUCAUCUCUUUUAAACCAGAAUUACCCUUUUGGAAAAGGCGCGCCAUUAAUGAAUUCAGCAUAGGUAUAUACACAAAGAUCUUCCUCAAGUUCCCUAAGAAAUUCUGGCCUACCGGAAAAGGAAACGAGUUUUUCUUUUAUGUCCAUGAAAGGCGUGGAUAUUAUGCAAUUUGGCAGCAACUAGAAAUGGAGUAUCCAGGAGCCAACAUUUUGUUCGUUACAGUUACAGACGACGAGUCAAAGAGGAUAGAGGCACAACCAGAUGAGAAAACAAAAGCAGAAGCAAUGGAAGUUCUGCGCAAAAUAUUUGGAGAUGACAUUCCUGAUGCUACUGAUAUAAUGAUUCCUAGAUGGUAUUCUGAUAGGUUAUACAGAGGCACUUUCACUAAUUGGCCUGUUGGAUACACAACUGAAAAGCAUAACAACCUUAAGGCUCCAGUUGAAAAUGUCUUCUUCACUGGAGAGCAUACACACGCGGAACUCUUUGGAUAUGCAGAUGGUGCUUAUUAUGCUGGUGCGAGUACAGCAAAUGAGGUCAACAAGUUGCUCAAGAAAAAGAUGUCACCAAGACUAGGAUCUUUAUAUUGGUGGAUGUGAUUAAUUGUACCGAGUUUUAUGCUUCAAGAAUAAAGUUGUGUUGUAAUUGCUUAAUGAAAAUCCAAGCUUAAAUUAUGUUCUUAUGAAAUUUUAUUUCAAAGAACAAGAGAGAAAAUCAUUGGGGUUUUCAUUAGGAUUUGCAAAUUCGGUGUUGAUUUUAAUUAGGUUUCAAUUUUCUUGUGGCUUUUAGAAGUUUCCGUACGUAAUGCAUUUCAUGCAUGAGUAUGCAUGAUUGUGUUAGGAGAAUAAAUAUUAAGGUGUUUGUGGACCAACGUGUUUAUUUUAGAUCAUUUUGAAUCUCGUGCUAAUUAAUAUCAUUUGUCUUCUUUUUGUACUAAA